AUGGUCAAGUUUAUGACAGCAAGUAGUGUAUUCAAAUUCACAUGGGACCAGGUGGCUUCUGGGAUGUGGCAGAGAUAUCCAAACCCCAACAGCAAACAUGUGUUGACUGAAGAUGUCUUAUCACGGCGGAUAGAAGAUCAGAAGUUGGUCUCACUCCGCAUUCUCACAAAAACAAAUAAAAUUCCAAAAUGGGGCGAACGUUUUGUUGGUCAGAAUAAAAACAUACUGAUCAUCGAAGAGUCAGUGGUCGACCCCAAAGAGAAGACAUUCACAACAUACACACGCAACGUUGGGCUACAGAAAGUUUUGCUAACAGCUUCUAUCACUUCUCACAAUUUGCAGUUUUUCAGUAUAUCUGUUGCUGGUUUAGCCAAACUCAAAUCAUGGGCUUUGCCCCAUUUGCUUCUUGUAGCUUUAGGAUUCUCUCGAUGGGACCAGGUCCCAUUACU